CGGUCCCCAGCCUUCGCCCUCCGCCUCCUCCUCCUCCCUCGCCCGCAGCGGAGCGUCCCCUCCCCCCACCCGUCGGGCUCCUUGGCGGCUACUGCAGAGGAUUCAGAGCUGAGUCGCUGAGGAGGAGGAGGCUUCUGUCCUUGCGCGCCAUCCGCCACUCGACUGGACACGGGCGAGGGGGCGAGAACGUCGCCACUGUAGCCUUCAGAGAAGACAAGGGCAUCGCUGCUUCAGUCGCCACCGCCGCCGUUUUCGCUUGCAGCCGUUCUCCGGAUCCUCAGUCUUCCACAAUGAACCCUGUUUACAGCCCCGUGCAGCCUGGGGCUCCUUAUGGCAACCCUAAGAACAUGGCCUACACGGGUUACCCCACAGCCUACCCGGCAGCAGCCCCUGCAUACAAUCCUAGCCUGUACCCAACCAAUAACCCCAGUUAUGCUCCAGAAUUUCAGUUCCUGCAUUCAGCUUAUGCCACGCUGCUGAUGAAACAGGCCUGGCCACAGAACUCGUCUUCCUGUGGCACUGAAGGCACCUUCCACCUCCCAGUGGACACCGGGACCGAGAACCGAACUUACCAAGCGUCCUCUGCGGCUUUCAGAUAUACUGCGGGGACACCAUACAAGGUCCCACCAACCCAGAGUAAUACUGCUCCACCCCCUUACUCCCCAUCACCCAACCCCUAUCAGACGGCCAUGUAUCCAAUCAGAAGUGCCUACCCCCAGCAGAACCUGUAUGCCCAGGGAGCCUACUACACACAACCAGUGUACGCUGCUCAGCCCCAUGUCAUCCACCACACCACGGUCGUCCAGCCCAACAGCAUUCCCUCUGCCAUCUAUCCAGCUCCUGUUGCUGCCCCUAGGACCAACGGUGUGGCCAUGGGCAUGGUCGCGGGCACCACCAUGGCGAUGUCAGCAGGUACCCUGCUGACUACACCCCAGCACACUGCAAUUGGGGCACACCCUGUCUCCAUGCCAACAUACAGGGCCCAAGGAACCCCUGCGUACAGCUACGUGCCCCCGCACUGGUAAAGCCUACGGCCCAUCCAAAUCUGGAGUCACACAUUGUAUGCAACUACUCAAGUCUUACACCGGUGCUGGAGCAGCUCCCUAGCAGCACCACUUCUAUUUGCAAGAAGAGAUGAAUGGAAGUGCAAGGGUCACUUUAUGCAUCUUUAAUGGUUUUGGUUUUUAUUUUUAGUUUUGUAAAAGCUGCUUUUUCUAAUCUCCUGCCUCUCCCCCAUUGCCCUCUCUUAGCUGCUUCCCUUCCAGCUCUACUCCCUUCUCCUACCUGACCAGGCCACAUCCCCUUUGCACUUCUUUUCUUCCCCAAGUAUCCUGUCCUCAGGACCCCAGUCUAGUGGCAAGCAGACAGUGAGUUUGUUGCAAUGGUUGAAAUGAAGGCUGGGCUUCUCUGGAAAACCAUAAACAGAUGUGGCCCUCAGGUCUGGAGUGGGAACUCAGAGCUGUUGAACGGGCCACAUCUCUGGGCAAAUUGUUUCUUUUCUGGGUUUUCUUAAGAUAAUUCAGGACAUUAUCAUGUCCUUACACAAAUGAACUGAUGAAAUGUCUUCUGAGAACCAUCACAACAAACCAAGAAUAAAACCAUCUGAUUAUAUAGGAGCUACUUUAGCAGUGUCAUACCCUAGGCUGAGAACCUGGGAAAACAGUCUUUGGGAGAAUUUGGGGAAGGGUGGGGGGAGGGAGGGCACUGUGGGCAAGGAGAGUGAAGAAGGGGAAAGAUGUCCUUGCCCUGAUGGCUUUGGUUUGAAAGAUCUCUGGCCAUAAUGUUUGGGCCUGGACCUUCUGAUUUGCACAGCAAUGUUAACUGACCUGGCACUUCCUCAAAAGGUGAUUUUGACUUCAGACCUGCCAAGCAGCUGCAGGGUGGCGGGAUCCCAGUAUCCCGAGGCCUUGGAAGGCCAGGUGCCCUGCAUAGUUCAGACCUCGGCCUCUGAGCCCUCAUGGACCCACUCUGAUGAGGAGCUUCCUCCUGAUUAGAGUGGGGACCUGUGACAUUUCUCUCCCAUUCCCUUCUGCCCUUCUCCCAGUGCCAGGGGUCACCUGUCUGUGUCGGUCUGGGAGGCUGACAGGCAGGCCAAGCUUUUGGUUACCUUGUGCCAUUCAUGGCCAGAGUGAAGGAACCACAUUCCAGGUGGGUGCUGGCAGCUCUGAAGGUCAGGGUAGUGAAGGAAAAGCAAUAGCAAUAAACAUUUCAUAGACUCAUGGAACUGAAGGGACCUUAGCAAUCAUCUCAUCCAUUUCCCUAUUUGACACAUGAGGAAAUUGAGGCCGAGAGAAGAGGAAAAGACUUCCCUAGAUCUCACAGUAAAUUAGCAUUAAAUGCAGGCUUCCUACCUAGUGGCAUGUUGCCUACAAAAAUGUACCUAGGGAUGGAUUGGCUUGGUUUUAUAAAAAUUAGGUCAUCAGCGCCCACACCUGGUGAGCUCCGGAAUGACCUCUGGGCUCUUGUUUGUGCUUUUUGCCCCCAUGGACUGCAAAGGCAGUGGGGGUUGAAGACAGGGCAGAGGCCAUAUAGGGGCAGAUGGCAGAAACAGAAAUUGCAAAUGAAGAAACAGCAUUUGGAAAUUCUGUGAAGACAUCUGGAACUUCAUCCUGUACCUGGCUCCACCCCUAGGAAAAGGAGCAGGUGGGCUGGCAGAAAAGGAGAGGCCAUGCUUUUAGGACAAUAGCCCCUCGUCCUGAAGAGAGGAAGGGAGGGGGAAGCAUCAGGAGAGGAGCACAAGGAUGAGGCCCAGCAGACAUUGGGCUUAUCUGGGAGAAGAGGGACCCCUGGGACAAGAAGGCCCUUGCUAGUCUCAGCCAGGAGCCUGGAUUACCCAGCACUAUCCUUCUGUACCCAGCACUUAGCUGGGCCAGCAGCCCCUCUGGGGUGGGGCAGGAACAUUUUACUGUAAAAAAUGGGAUCACUGACAAUAUUUGGGACUUUUAAAUAACUAUCUUCAUUUUAAAUUCAUGUAAAUUUGGACAUACCUUCCCCCUACCUCCCAUGUUCCCGUAAUGGAAGAAAGACAUCGGGAAACCUUUGGGCUAGAAGGACCUUGGAAGUUGUCUGGCUGUUCCCAGGAGGUCAGAGCCCAUCACCAACCUGGGCCCAGAGUCAGGAGUUGAGGAGCCCAUCUUCCAAGGAACUUCAGGACCAGUAAGAGAAAACCCAGCUGUUUUGAGUGGUCUUUUGGGGGUGCUGGUGAGGUUUCAUUUUAAAACAACAAAGUUUGCCAGUGUUAAUCCUUUUUUUUGCAAAUACCUCUUCCCACACUCUUUGAGAUGUAAAGGUGGGUGAAGGCUCUUCUAGAUUAUGUCAUAUGUGUUUGAAAAUGCCAAAAUAAUAAUGGUGAUAAUAAUAAUAGGAAACUUUUGCAUUUGUCUGGUGCUUCAUAGAUUUCAAAGCACUUCACAGCCUUUAACUUACUGGCCCUAAGAGGAGAGAAACAGGGUCAUUUAAAACACCCAUUUGAAAAAUAAGAAAACGGGCUCUAGAAGGAAAGGAAAUGGGCCCAAAGUGAGCUGAAUGCUGGGAUCUUGACAGACCUCCUGGCCCCUGCUGCCUCCAGGUGGGCUGGGUGGAACAGAAAGGAGGAAAGAAAGGAAAGGCCCUAGGGAUGACCUUGUAACUUCUAUUCUUCCUACACCAGUAGGUAAAAACUGGCAUCUGUACCUCACAGCUUUCAAAGCAGUUUAACAUACAUCAUGUGGCUUAACCCUGAGAAAUGGAGAUUAUUCCUACCAUUUGAUCCACAAGGAAAGCCAAGGCUCAGAAAAGUGAAGUGACUUGCUAAGAAAGCGACAGAGCCACUUGUAUCCUGGGCUCUCAGCUGUCUUUCCCUCCAGCCUGACCCUCACACAGGCUCAUCUACUGAAGCAUCCACACCUUGUCUUAGCCCCUAGUUGCAUAUGUCCUUCAAGAUCAAAGGGAAGCCCCAAGGUGGAGGUAAGGCAUUGAGAGGCUGUGGUCUGCAGGAAUCAGGUCUAGGACACUUUUUCAGUGAGAGCACUGGAGCCCCAAUUCAACCUGCCUCAACCUCUUGUUCUGGUGGAGAUCCACAAGCCCAGCCAAGCUUGGGGAGUCACUACAAAGGACUGAGCCCAGGAGAGCAGGGCAAUGUGUGUCCUGGCAGGUCACAGGAAGAAGAUUCUGUUGGUACCAUCCAAAGAUUCUGAAUGUCCCAGUGAUCAAGCUGGACAGAAGGUCAGCUGGAAAGACCAUGUCAUAUUAGGAGGUGGGCAAGUCAGAGAGGACAAAGGACAUGCCCACAUGACCUAGCUGCAGCACUAGCCACUACAAACAUCUCUCCUUCCCAUGCCACUGUCUCUCCCCAGAUCAACACCUUGGUGGCUAGGGCUAGCGGUAAAAGUGGUUCCAUUUACCUCUUGGCUUGGCUUUCCCUACUACUACCUGACUCUUAUCUUCACCAGCCUGGGGCCCAGAAGUUUGGAAGCUGGAUUGCCUCCAAGUAGUGAAAGCCUGAAGCAUAAUCUUUUGUCACACUUAAAAAAAAAAAAAAAAGAAAAAGAAAAAGAAACUCCCAUGGGAUGGAGCAGUUGCUAUUCCUUCUCAUUCUCCUGGCAACAACCCUGAUGUGCAUCUCCCCUCCCCUGAAUAUGCAACGAGGCCACAUGUACCUGUCCAGAGCUUUAUUGGUAUGCAAAGUACUUGGACAUUGAUUGCCAAAAUUUAUAGAUGAAAAAACUAAUGCUCAGAGAGUUAAGAGACUUGACAACACACAUAAGUGAAAGAGCCAUGAUUUGAACUCCUAAAUGCUCUAUUCUUUCUGUUGCCACAUGAUAGGUCUCUGAGUGGCAAGCUUGAAGAAGGGAAGGGCUACCUCUCUGCCCCACACAGAAGGAGAAUUUAGGGAAACCUGAGAAGCUCAGUUCUCUCAGUUGAGCAGAUUUUUAAGAACUUCUGCUUUGGUUUGGACCUGUGAUGUGCUCUGGAGACCCAGAGGCAUAUCCAGCUGUUAGCACAGAAAGCAUGAGAAUUUGCAACAAAGGCCUAGCUUGAACACAACACUUGAGGGCACAGUGCCCAGUAUUGAAGAAUGUUCAAGGGCAGCACCAGGCACUCUUCUCUUGAAAGACCCAGGCAUCUUUAUCUUUUGGAUACCUAGUACUCUGGCUUUCUGAUUGAGGGCCUACCUGCUGUCUAGAUCCAGUAAGUUGGCAUUUUAGAUGGACCUGGCAUAAUGGGGUCCCUAGCCUUGCUUUUUCAUGAAAGACACUGAAUUAAGUAAGCUCCAUACCUCCUCAUUCUUCAGGCCACCCAGAUUGUUCCAGAUUUGAGCUAUCCUCCCAGAUAUCUGAGGUUGCUUCCUUGAAGGGCUUGCUUUGUUCUGAAUGGGCUUCAGAAAUGAAUCAUGUGGAGCAUAAAAGUAAGACAAGCCCCUUUGUCUGCAAGUUUUGACAUCCUCAUUGUGCAGACAGGACAUAGCUAGUGAGGCAUUAGCUGAACCAGGUCUGGGCCCUUGCAUAUCAAAUCCCUGGGUCUGCUUUAUGGAGGGAGGAGACAGGCCCCACCCACUCUGGGCCCUGGCUUGAAUCAUUCAUCAGCAUGGUGGGACCCUUCAAAUGCAAGAGUAUGCGUAUGUGAAAGCUUUUUUUUUCCAUUCUUUAAUACUACCACUUAGCUACAUGAUGUGUGGGCCCCAGCUUGUUGUCAAAUGGAAAUUCAGAGAGGGGCAGCUGGGUAGUAGAGUGGGAAAGGGGAAAGAAGGCUCCUUGCUGGUGUCCAGGCCCUACCCACCUGUGAAAGGCAGUUCACUGGAGGAAUUCCAGGUAGGCUGAGGGGGCAGAUCCCACACCUGAGCCUCAACACACUCAGGCUUCUGUGGGUAUGCCAAAUUGGCUGCAGGGCUUGUCCUUUACCCAUCGUGUCCCCCCUUUUAGAAAGCUCCUUUGAAAUUCAGCAUUAUGUUGUUCCAAGACCCAGCCUUCAAAAGUCCUGGCAGGCUAGCUUCAACAUUCCAUGGUCGGCCAGGUCUUUAGCUCAGUGGUGCCACCGCCUGCCUCGCAAGUGGAACGUCCCGAGUUUGAUCCCCGGUACCAACAUUCCAUGGUCACCUUUGCCUGAACCAGGGUAGGUCCCACUUCCUCAACUUCGCCAGUGAGUAUUUCCUGUCAUGCAUGCUCUUGAGUCCAGCCCAGAGGCCAAUUUAAGAACACAGUUGAGACUGUCACUAAGCCAGAGAAGGACAUAACAACACCUGCUUCCUGUGGCUGCCUGGCUACUAGGUAUCCUUGCUGUGGAGUGAGUUUCUACCCAUUCCAGCCCUGGUAGAAGGAGGAUAUUCCUUCCUGAAGAGAACAGAUGUAAGCACGUUGCAGAUAAGUACCAGCCCAUGGGAAUCAGGUGAAAUCAGCUUUGGGCCUGACCCCAGCAGGACCAGCAUCCUUCAGGCUCCUGUCUUCCUCCUGAUGCAUGAGUUAGGAAGAGUUGAAUGGGUCAGUCCAAUUAUCUAGAUCGGUAUUGUAACUCAAAUUCCCCCUUAGCCAGGGGGAGGUAAGGUUAGGUCUCCAGUAUCUUGGAGUUGUCUGUGAUGAUCUUCAUAGGCCGGGGUGUUUCCCCUUCCCGACUUCUGCAUCCCUCUUUCAUAUCACAUGACAGAAGCCUGUUCUCAUGGCAUGUAACAUCCCUGUGAAGAAAGCGUUGUAUAUGAUUUUGUAUUUUUUAAUUCAUUUUAAUCUACAGGUUGGAAUCUAAUUUUUAAAUUUAUUGGAACUCACAUUUUAAAAAGAAAUAAAAACAUUUAAAAUAAUAAUAAUAAUAAUAAACCUUUGACCGGUGUCUUCCAAGUAGUUUGAUCCAAGAAUUUAUAGGUGUUUUCAAAACACAACCUGGAGUGUAAAGAUUGGAAAGCCCCAUGGCCUCGCUUGUGUGUAUGAAGUGUAAACCUGGUUUUGUUUUGUUGUUUUGGAUUCUUUUGGGUUUUGUUUUGUUUUGAAGAUCAGAUAGUGAUCACUAUGAAAGACUGAAGCCAAGAGUUUGUAACUAUGAUAUUUACUGUAAGCUGUAGAACAUUCAAUAACUAUUAAAAAAGUUUCCAAAAAAAAAG